AUGGGGCCGCGGCGCGGGGCGGGCGGGGGGCGGCGCGGGGCCGUGGCACUGCUGUGGGUGGCGGCCGUGCUGUGCCAGCUGGGCAGCGGCAGCGUCCUCCGCCGCCGGCUCCACGCCGCCGGGGUCCCGCAGCGGCGGCUGAGCGGCGGCGAGCGGCGGGACGUGCAGCGGGAGAUCCUGGCCGUGCUGGGGCUGCCCGGCCGGCCCCGGCCCCGAGCCCCCGCCCGCGCCCCCGCCGCCGCCGCGCCGCUCUUCAUGCUCGAUCUGUACCACGCCGUGGCCGGCGAGGAGGAGGAGGAGGGCGAGGAAGCGGCGGUGUCGCGUCCGGUGCUCACCGGGCUCAGCACGCAGAGCCCCCCGCCCGGCAGCGUCGUGAGCCGCGCAGACACCGUGGUCAGCCUCGUCAACAUGGUGGAGCAGGACCGGGACCUGUUCUCACCCAAGCCCUACUGGAAGGAGUUCAGGUUCGACCUGACCCAGGUGCCGGCGGGAGAGGCCGUGACGGCCGCCGAGUUCCGCAUCUACAAAUCCCGGGGCGUCCCUGGCCACGCCAACAGCAGCCUCCACGUCAGCAUCUACGAGGUGGCUGCCCAGCAUUCCAACAGGGAAUCGGACCUGUUCCUGCUGGAUGUGCAGGAUCUACGUGCUGGGACAGAGGGCUGGCUGGUGUUUGACGUCACGGCCGCCAGCAACCACUGGUCAGUGGAUCAGAAAUACAACCUGGGGCUGCGGCUCUACGUGGAGACUGACGAUGGGCACAGCGUGGAUCCGGGCUCGGCCGGGCUCCUGGGGCGCCGGGGGCCCCGCUCCAAGCAGCCCUUCAUGGUGACAUUUUUCCGGGCCAGCCCCAGCCCCUCCCGUGUCACACGAGCGGCCAAGCCCCCGAGGAGGCGGCAGCCCAAGAAAUCCAACGACCUUCCCCACGCAAACAAGCUCCCGGGGAUUUUUGAUGAUGUCCACGCCACAGAUGGGCGGCAGGUCUGCCGGCGCCACGAGCUCUACGUCAGCUUCCAGGACCUCGGCUGGCUGGACUGGGUGAUCGCUCCACAGGGAUACUCAGCCUACUACUGCGAGGGGGAGUGCGCAUUCCCGCUGGACUCGUGCAUGAACGCCACCAACCACGCCAUCCUGCAGUCCCUGGUCCACCUGAUGAAGCCUGAGGCCGUGCCCAAGGCGUGCUGUGCUCCCACCAAGCUCAGCGCCACCUCUGUCCUCUACUACGACAGCAACAACAACGUCAUCCUCAAGAAGCACCGGAACAUGGUGGUGAAAUCCUGCGGCUGCCACUGACGGACAGGUCCCACUCCCACCCGAGUGUCCCAUUCCCACCCCCGAAUGUCCCACUCCCACCCGAGUGUCCCAUUCCCACCCGAGUGUCCCACUCCCACCCGAGUGUCCCAUUCCCACCCGAGUGUCCCACUCCCACCCGAGUGUCCCACUCCCAGCCUCGAGUGUCCCAUUCCCACCCGAGUGUCCCAUUCCCACCCGAGUGUCCCAUUCCCACCCGAGUGUCCCACUCCCACCCGAGUGUCCCAUUCCCACCCGAGUGUCCCAUUCCCACCCGAGUGUCCCAUUCCCAGCCUCGGAAUUCCCUGUCCCCCCCAUUCCCACCAGAGCAAUGUCACCCUGGGUUUCUGCUGCACGCAUGGAAGAGAAGCUUUGUGGGCUGCAUCAGGGCAAAAUCCAUUAAUUAUAAUAAUUAAUAAUAAUAAUAAAAACCAAAAAUAAACCCCUCCCACCCCUUUCCA